AUAUCCCGCGGCCGCGGCCAAUCGGGGCCCGUCUCUCUCGCAGCGGAUGGCUUCUGCCUGAGAGGAAAGGGAGUGGCCGGCGGCGCAUGCGCCACGGUGGCCGCCUUGAAUCGAGGCUUUUAUUGCUGUAGUUUAUUUCCACCCCCUUCCCUCCUGUUCUCUCUCUGUCUCUCUCUCUCCUUUUUUUUCCGCCCUAGCUGGGGCUGUGUUGGAGGAGAGGAAGAAAGAGAGACAGAAGAUUGCAUUUGUCCCUUACGAUCCUGAAAUCUGCUGCCAGCAAGACCAGCUAAGCGGUUGCACAUUUUUCAAUUCUGCGAAAAAAAAAAAAUAUCACGUCUCCUUUCCUGGCAAUUUUUGCUUUGAAGCUGCCCUCUUGAAACUAAUUUUUUUUUCCCAGGAGAGAGAUGUCUUAUCAGGGGAAGAAAAACAUUCCACGCAUCACGAGUGAUCGUCUUCUGAUCAAAGGAGGUAAAAUUGUUAAUGAUGACCAGUCGUUCUAUGCAGACAUAUACAUGGAAGAUGGGUUGAUCAAGCAAAUAGGCGAGAACCUGAUUGUGCCAGGAGGGGUGAAGACCAUCGAAGCCCAUUCCCGGAUGGUGAUCCCGGGAGGAAUUGAUGUCCAUACGCGUUUCCAGAUGCCCGACCAGGGAAUGACGUCUGCUGAUGACUUCUUCCAAGGAACCAAGGCAGCCCUGGCUGGAGGAACCACCAUGAUCAUUGACCAUGUUGUUCCUGAGCCUGGGACCAGCCUGCUGGCCGCGUUUGACCAGUGGAGGGAAUGGGCUGACAGCAAGUCCUGCUGUGACUACUCUCUGCACGUGGACAUCACCGAGUGGCAUAAGGGCAUCCAGGAAGAGAUGGAAGCCUUGGUGAAGGACCACGGGGUAAAUUCCUUCCUCGUGUACAUGGCUUUCAAAGAUCGCUUCCAGCUAACGGAUUCCCAGAUAUAUGAAGUAUUGAGCGUGAUCCGGGAUAUUGGUGCCAUAGCCCAAGUCCAUGCAGAAAACGGCGACAUCAUUGCAGAGGAGCAGCAGAGGAUCCUGGAUCUGGGCAUCACGGGCCCCGAAGGACACGUGCUGAGUCGACCCGAGGAGGUGGAGGCCGAGGCCGUGAACCGUUCCAUCACCAUCGCCAACCAGACCAACUGCCCCCUCUACGUCACCAAGGUGAUGAGCAAGAGCUCGGCCGAGGUCAUCGCCCAGGCGCGGAAGAAGGGAACCGUUGUGUAUGGCGAGCCCAUCACCGCCAGCCUGGGGACCGACGGCUCCCACUACUGGAGCAAGAACUGGGCCAAGGCCGCCGCCUUCGUCACCUCCCCACCGUUGAGCCCGGAUCCGACCACUCCAGACUUCCUCAACUCCCUGCUGUCCUGCGGAGACCUCCAGGUCACUGGCAGUGCCCACUGUACUUUCAACACUGCUCAGAAGGCCGUGGGGAAGGACAACUUCACCCUGAUCCCCGAGGGCACCAACGGCACGGAGGAGCGGAUGUCCAUCAUCUGGGACAAGGCUGUGGUCACUGGGAAGAUGGACGAGAACCAGUUUGUGGCUGUGACCAGCACCAACGCAGCGAAAGUCUUCAAUCUCUACCCCCGGAAAGGCCGCAUCGCUGUGGGAUCUGAUGCCGACCUGGUCAUCUGGGACCCCGACAGCGUGAAAACCAUCUCUGCCAAGACACACAACAGCUCUCUCGAGUACAACAUCUUCGAAGGCAUGGAGUGCCGCGGCUCUCCGCUGGUGGUCAUCAGCCAGGGGAAGAUUGUCCUGGAGGCCGGCACCCUGCAUGUCACCGAAGGCUCUGGGCGCUACAUCCCCCGGAAGCCCUUCCCUGAUUUUGUUUACAAGCGUAUCAAGGCAAGGAGCAGGCUGGCAGAGCUGCGAGGGGUUCCUCGUGGCCUGUACGACGGCCCCGUGUGCGAGGUGUCUGUGACGCCCAAGACAGUCACUCCAGCCUCCUCGGCCAAGACGUCUCCUGCCAAGCAGCAGGCCCCACCUGUCCGGAACCUGCACCAGUCUGGAUUCAGCUUGUCUGGCGCUCAGAUCGACGACAACAUUCCCCGCCGCACCACGCAGCGCAUCGUGGCGCCCCCUGGUGGCCGUGCCAACAUCACCAGCCUGGGCUAGAGCUCCCGGGCCACGCCCUGCACUUGGGGAUGGGGGAUGAGACACCUGAGGACAUUCUGAGACUUCCUUCCUUCCUUCCUUCCUUCCUUCGUUUUUUUUUUUUUAAGAGCCUGUGAUAGUUACUGUGGGGCAACCAGUUCACGGGGUCCCCUCCCGGGCCUCGCACUCCGUCUCUCACCGAGAGUUACUGAUUUUGCUCACCCACUCCCUACACGUCUGCGAACACCACACCCGGGUCUGUCCACCCUCAAACACGGAACCGCACCCAACACUCAGACAUGCGCAACAAAGCAGGUCACAGCGAGGGUGUCUUCAUCUCCAGCCUCCGUAGUAGUCGUUAGCCUCUCCCUUCUCACGGGGGAAGAUAAAGUGAAUUGCCCAGAGCUGCCUUUUUCUUUUUCUUUUUCAAUUUUUAAAAAAGUUUUCUUCGUGGGGGGUGGGGAGGGGUCGGGGGUGGGGGAGAGUUUUUUUUUUAAUACUAAAUUGGAAAGUCUAAUUCAUUAUUAAUACAAGGGGUUUGAACUGGACAUCCUAAUGAUGCAAUUAUGUAACCGUCACGCUGAUUCAGGGUGGUUGGCAAACUCAUCACGUCCAUCCUGAGAGGCUCCAAAAUGCCCACGUCACAGCCAUUCUGUAGCCUUCUGGGUCACCUGUUGAUAAAGGGCAGGCUUGCUUUUUUUGGCCUAGAUUUUAUUGCAGAUGAAAUCUCUGGAGGUGAAAUCUCUUCACCGUUUUUCUGCACACUCUUUCUCUCUCUCUUUAGCUCAUGAAUAUUUUCAAGUGUCUGUCCCUUUCUUCAUGUUUCCUCCAGCCCUCGUCUCUGAGACAGUGGGGUUGUCCCCACCUUCCCCUGUCGUCUUUUGAAAUUGCCAGGUCUGCCAUUUCAUCAUGGUCACGGACCCGCCCACAGGAUUUGAGCGUUGCCACGGCAACCAUGGCGGUGUGUUGUCCUGGCCUGUGUGAGGCUGGUGCUACCCACCCCGUCGUGAGGUUGUGCGUUAGAGUUGGAGACUCUUGCCAGGUGCGGGGUGGGCCGAGCGGUGUCACCCACACUGUCACACGGGGGCCCGGCACGGACCCGCAAACAGUGCUGAGAUGUUGAAGAAGUCUGAGGCUGCCGAGCAGGAGGUUUUUCCCCUGUGCCGUGCUGUCUGGCUAAAGACACGGUCAAACCUGUCUAUCAAGCCCCAGUCACCCUAGCAGGCCACCCAGGCCAAAGGCAGCCAACAGCUCACAAGCGCUAAGCUAGAAUCUGGCCCGAGCGCCUGCUCUUUUCGGGUCUUUUGGGAUUCUAGAACACACUGGGGCUUCUCACUUUGGGACAAAAAUCCAUAUUUUUUUCUCAUCCAAUUAUUUCAAGAGAUGUAAUGCAAUAUAGGGAGGCCCUAUAAACUCAAAAAAUCACUGGGAAAUUUGACUUAAAGUCCAUUUUACUUUGCGAGAGGAAAAAUCGGUUUUAUGAACGGUAUGUCAGAGCUGUCGUGGGAAGAAAACCUUACAAGUUACACGCGUGGCCACCUCAGAGACCACAGGAGAUCCAUCUCGUGUCCCCGUCCCGCCCCCUCGUCUUGCUGACGGGCUGGCUCCCCUGUGCCCGUCCCUGUCCUUGCCGACGUGUGCCGCAUUUCAUUCUGAACGUGUUUACAGAUUCUCUUAAGCAGUGUUGUGUUUGCAAGGCUUUUAUAAAACCAAAUCUGUUUUCGUAAAGCAUAACAUCGAAAAAGUAGGUCAUCACAUCACUACCCUCCUCUCUCCACACGUUUUGCCUUCGGGGUUACAGUUGGGGUUUCGGGUUUAUGUUGUUGUUGUUUAUUUGUUAUUUUAAAGGUAAAUUGCACUUUUAAAAAAUAAUUGGUUGACUUAAUAUAUUUGCAUUUUUUUUUUCUCACCUGCACUUAGAGGAAAUCUGAACAAGUUGGAAAAAAAAAUUUUUUUUUUGUUUCAAUUCUAAGAAACACUCGCAGCUCUUUAGUAUUCACUUGAGUCUUCCUGUUUUUCCUGUACCAGGUCCUGGUCAUUUUGGUUGUUUUGAUUGUUUUCGUAAAAAAAAAAAAAACAAAAACAAAGCAAUUUAAAACCUGAAGAUUUCUGCAGGCUGUGUAAGCAUGUUUACCUGUUGGCUUGCUUUGUGUGUCUGUUAAAUGAAUGUCACAUGUAAAUGCUAAAAUAAAUCGCCAGUGUCUCAGAACUGAACAACUGCAGUGACUUGAUGCUCUAAAACAGUGUAGGAUUUAAGAAUAGAUGGUUUUUAAUCCUUGAAAUUGUGAUCGUGACCCAUGAGUGGAGGAACUUUCAGUUCUAAAGCUGAUAAAGUGCGUAGCCAGAAGAAUACUUUUUUUUUUGUAACCACUGUCUUAAUGGCAAAAUAAUUAUGGUAAAAAACAAGUCUCGUGUUUAUUAUUCCUUAAAAACUCUGUGUUAUAUUACCAUGGAACGCCUAAUAAAGCAAGAUGUGGUUGUUUCAGG